GUAGUAGAGGAAAAAUACAUAGUAAUGUCAUAGUGACCAAUUUGAUGAUGUUUCAAUAUCACGUGUACACAUUCAGUAAGAAACUUCGGAGCAAAGUGCACGUGCCAGCGAAGUACAGUGGAAAUAUCACGAUAAAUGUAGAGAGAAAAGCUAGAAAUAUGUUGAUCAAUAGGAAAACGUUUUUUAUAAGUCUGUUGGUAUUAAUAGCUAACAGUGAAGGUUUACGGGUUUUGGUCUUCUUUCCAAUGAUGUCAAAAAGUCAUAGUAUUUUAGGACAAGGCGUCGUUAGCCGUUUACUAGAAGCUGGACAUGAGGUGGUUCACAUUACUUCAUAUCCUCGAAGUAAGCCAGAGCCGAGGUUGAGGGAACUCAAUGUUAGUACUAUUGGGGAAAGGCUUCGUGACGAAAUGAAAAACAGUGCUUCAGAUAACCCAUUCGCACUGAGAAACUUGGUCGGCAAAGGCAACGUUGGUGAUUCCGUUUUAUUUUUAUACUUUACAUACGAUCUUCAUCGAAGAGUCCUCGAAGAUAAGCUUGUUGUGGAUCUAUUGAGUGAUACCAACGAACAUUUCGAUGCUGUUGUUAUUGAAUGGUUCUUCAAUGACGUUGUGGCUGGAAUAGCACCCCUUUUCAAAUGUCCGCUUAUUUGGUUUGGAUCAACAGAAGCGCAUUGGCAAGUUUUACAAAUAAUGGAUGAAAUUCCUAAUCCUUCUUACAAUGUUGAUAUUUUUUCGAAAAGCCGAUCUCCACUUACAUUUUGGGAGAGGAUUAUGGAAUUAUGGAUGAUCUUCAAAAAGUCAAUGAUGAUGAACUUAGUUGUGGUUCCUUUCGAAAGGUUAUUAUACAAUCGUGUCUUUCCAUCGAUUGCCUCAAAGAGGGGCGUCACAGUACCUUCAUACGAUGAAGCAAUUUACAAUGGAUCAUUUUUAUUCCUGAACUCACAUCCAUCAAUCGGCACACCAUUUAAACUACCACAAAAUGCUAAAUAUAUUGCCGGUUACCAUAUUAACAAAGAAGUGAAUCCAUUACCAAAGGAUCUGCAAAUAUUAAUGGAUAGUGCAAAACACGGUGUAAUUUACUUCAGCAUGGGAUCUAAUUUACAAAGUUCUGAUAUGUCUGAAGCAAUGAAAGAUUCAUUGCUCAAAGUGUUUGGCCAACUCAAACAGACUAUCAUAUGGAAAUUCGAACAGGAUUUGCCAAAUGUUCCCUCGAAUGUUCAUCUUGUUAAAUGGGCACCUCAAGCAAGUAUUCUUUCACAUCCAAAUCUAAAGGUGUUCAUAACACAUGGUGGACAACUGUCGACAACAGAGGCUAUUCACUUUGCUGUGCCAGUUGUGGGUAUUCCUGUAAUGGCAGACCAACAUGUUAAUAUGAGAUCAGUUGAAUUGAAGGGUUCAGGACUUGUAGUCACUCUCGCUGAAGAUAUGGCUCCUAAAGUUAAAAUCGCUGUUGAAGAAAUACUUCAAAAUCCAUAUCACAAGAAAAAUGCCAAAGAGGGAUCAGAAAUAUUCCACGACCGAAUUCUUCCUCCAGGAGAAGAAUUGGUCCAUUGGGUGGAAUACGUGGUACGUACGCGAGGUGCCAGUCAUCUUCGUUCACCAGCACUCGGCGUGCCUCUGUACCAAAAGUUAUAUCUAGAUUUUAUCAUUGUACUUAUCACAAUAGUGUAUUUAAUGGUUAAAUUUAUUAAUGUACUUAGAAGAAAGUGUUCAGAUUACAAAUCGAAAAAAUUAAAAAAGAAUUAGUUUUAAAAU